GGAGCGGAGAAUGGAGCAGUUGCCGGAGUCAGCAGCCAUCACUUGGAGCAUCUCUAUUAUGUUAUCCUACAGAGAACCUGCAGCACUCGGUUCAAACUCUGAAGGGCUCCGACAGGCAUCCUGUUCUACCUGUAGCACAGCUUCAUCCGGGAUAUACCUGCAAAAUGAAUGCUGAAUGUGACCAAAGUUCUAUAGUACAGCAGAGUCCAUUAGUAUGCCGGUCAGCUCACAAAGAAAAGAAACCAUAUAAAUGUCCUGAAUGCAAUAAAUGUUUCAGACGAAGGUGGAAUCUAGUAAUACAUGAAAGGAGCCACACAGGGGUGAGACCAUAUAAAUGUGCUGAAUGUAGUAAGGGAUUCAUAACAGCUGGUAACCUUAAAAAUCAUCUGUCAAUUCACAGUGAGGAGAAACCAUAUAAAUGUCCUGAAUGCAAUAAGUGUUUCAGACGAAGGUGGAAUCUAGUAAUACAUGAAAGGACUCACAAGAGGGAGAGACCAUAUAAAUGUUCUGAAUGCAGCAAGAGUUUCACAACAACUGCUUCCCUUAGAAUUCAUCUGUCACUUCACAGCGGGGAGAGACCGUAUAAAUGUUGUGAAUGCAGUAAGUGUUUCAUACAAAGGAGUGCUCUAGUACAACAUGAAAGGGUUCAUGAGAGUGAGAAACCAUAUAAAUGUGCUGAAUGCAGUAAGGGAUUCAUAACAGCUAGCAACCUUAGAAAUCAUUUGACAAUUCACAGUGGGGAGAAACUAUAUAAAUGUCCUGAAUGCAGUAAGUGUUUCAGACGAAGGGGUGAUCUAGUAAUACAUGAAAGGAUACACAUGGACAAGGGGGAGAAACCAUAUAAAUGUGCUGAAUGCAGUAAGGGAUUCACAACAGCUGGUAACCUUAGAACUCAUCUGUCACUUCACAGUAGGGAGAAACCAUAUAAAUGUCCUGAAUGUAGUAAGUGUUUCAGACUAAGGGGGGGUCUAGUAAUACAUGAAAGGAUUCACAUGGGCAAACGGGAGAAACCAUAUAAAUGUGCUGAAUGCAGUAAGGGAUUCACAACAGCUGGUAGCCUUAGAACUCAUCUGUCAGUUCACAGUGGGGAGAAACCAUAUAAAUGUCCUGAAUGUAGUAAGUGUUUCAGACUAAGGGGGGAUCUAGUAAAACAUGAAAGGACUCACAUGCUGGAGAAACCAUAUAAAUGCCCUGAAUGCAAUAGGGGUUUCAAAACAACUAGAGCCCUUAGACUUCAUUUGCCAGUUCACAGUGGGGUGAGACCGUAUAAAUGUUGUAAAUGCAAAAAGAGUUUUGUACAAAGGAGUUCUCUAUUACACCAUGAAAGGACUCACAUGGGGGAGAGACCAUAUAAAUGUCCUGAAUGCAAGAAGUGUUUCAGACAAAGGUGGGAUCUAGUAAUACAUGAAAGGACUCACAUGAGGGAGAGACCAUAUAAAUGUCCUGAAUGCAGUAAGGGAUUCACAACAGCUAGAAACCUUAGAAAUCAUCUGUUAGCUCACAGUGGGGAGAAACCAUAUAAAUGUCCUGAAUGCAGUAAGGGAUUCACAACGGCUAGAAACCUUAGAAAUCAUCUUUUAAUUCACAGUGGGGAGAAACCAUAUAAAUGUCCUGAAUGCAGUAAGGGAUUCACAACAGCUAGAACCCUUAGAAAUCAUCUGUCACUUCACAGUGGGGAGAAACCAUAUAAAUGUCCUGAAUGCAAUAAGGGGUUCACAACAGCUGGAAACCUUAGAAAUCAUCUGUCAGUUCACAGUGGGGAGAAACCAUAUAAAUGUCCUGAAUGCAGUAAGGGAUUCACAGCAGCUAGAAACCUUAGAAAUCAUCUGUCACUUCACAGUGGGGAGAAACCAUAUAAAUGUCCUGAAUGCAAUAAGGGGUUCACAACAGCUGGAAACCUUAGAAAUCAUCACUCGGUUCACAGUGGCGAGAAACCAUAUAAAUGUCCUGAAUCCAGUAAGUGUUUCAGACACAGUAGUACUCUAGUAAAACAUGAAAGUACUCACACAGAUGAAAAGUCAGCAAGCAAAGGAGAGUAUCUACGGACGAAAGCGGAAAAUAAAAGUGUGUUACGCUAUUUCCUUGGUGUUAUUUCAGCUGAUGUUUGCCUUUCUGGAUUUUCUUGGUUUUGGUUUUGGUACUUUGGUCUUUUUAUUGGUUUUGUGUGUACCAUGGCUGAAGCGGCUGAAGAUCCACUCCUUAAUUUGAGCAUUUAUCCCACACCAUCAGCGGAGACUACCAGUUUGAGUACUUUACUUAUUAGUGCACUAACGGACAUUAAGGGUUCGUUACAAAUUCUUAUUUCGAAGGCUAAUGCUAAAGAAUCUAGUAUGAAAGCAUCCAGUCCUGUCGGAUCGUUUCAGGAACUAGACACUGUCAUCUGCUUGGAUAAUCCACCCAUGGUUGUAAAGAAUGUUACUGCUGUAAAGAAUCCGGGUAUGAAUGAACAACGCAUCAUUGGUCGGGCGACAUUAAGUCAUUUUUUCGACCGUGCGGAUAACCCGUUUGGAACAUUUGGUCGGCAAGAAGGAACAACAAAGAAAACACCAUGGCAUCGUGAUUUUUCAGAGAAGCGAGAACAGUUUUCUAAACUGUUACAAAGGUACAAUUCCAUUCAUUUAGAGAAUUAUUACUUCUUACGUUGUUUGGAGUUACAAAUGGUUCCGAAGGGGUUGCGUUUUUUCAAAUGCCCCAACGGAGUACAAUCCAGCGACCCUUUUUUUAAGAUUCUAACCGGCUUCUUUAAUGAAGCAGGUCUAAGUUUCUUAAAAUUGCUUGUGGAUAACAACGAAAAAAAGUUAGAAUUGUUGAAGGAUGAAAUUGUUAUUUUGGAAUCGUUUUUUAAAGAACAGUUUGAUGAAAAUGGUUUCACCGAAUUUUUCAAUAACAUUUUGCAGGACUUAGAACAAUCUUCUAAUGACAAUAUUAAUAGAAAGCAUAACAAAUUGUUGCGUGAUAUCCAAGCUUAUGAGACUGAUUCUGUGUUUUCCAACUUUGGUCCGUUUAACAAAAUUAAUAGGGCUUAUAAUGUGAGCCGUCAGACUGGUGUUCAGAUAAAUGCUACUGCGGCUAGGAAAGCACAAGUUGGAAACAACAAUAAAUGGUCGGGUCACACUGUUAAGAGUUCCUCGGUUCUUAAUUUCACUCCUGAACCUGGUUCUCUUACUGGUGAUAGACAUAUUCAGGGUAAUAAAAUACCUGGUAAUUGUGGUGGAAGUGUAUCUCUUGGUAAGGAGGCUGGUCCUAUAUUGGAGACUGAUAGUAACAAUUGUGUGAGUGUUACCGACAGUAAUGUGGGCACUAAAUCAAAGAAUGUUUCUAACCAGAGUACUGUAUCAGAAAUUUGUUUACAAGACAUUGGUUUGUUGUUGAAAAAUAUGCACAAAAUUGAUCACAACCUUACACAUUCUGAAUUUACAGCUUUGAAAAAAUUAAAGGCUAUGAGUAAUAAAGUAAGGUUUAUGAAAAGUGAUAAGGGCAAUAACAUAGUUAUCAUGACAAAAGACUCGUAUACAGAGGGGGUUUUAAAACUGUUGAACAACACAGAUGAAUAUGAGAUCAUUUCACUUUUUGAAAUACACAAGCGACAACGUUCUAUAUAUUCAUAUUUAUAUGAAGCCCUCAUGGAGGGUGACAUUAGUUGUGAAUUGUAUGAAUUUUGUGUCAUUGAUCAACCACGUAUUGGGGUAUUUUUUGGAAUCCCCAAAUCUCAUAAAUCCUUUGUGAAUCCCCCUUUCAGACCAAUUGUCUCUUCGCCCCAUUCAAUUACUGAAGGAUUGGCCCUAGUUAUUGAUGCCUUAUUGGGACCCACUAUUAUUCACGAAAUGUCUUUUUUACGUGAUUCUUGGCAUUUUUUAACAAAAUUGAAUUCUUUUCUUUCUACAUUUAGUUUUGAUCCUAAACAGCAUUCAAUGCUAACUGUGGAUGUGGUGUCAUUGUACACCUGCAUCCCUCAAGAUCUAGGCAUUGAAGCAGUACAGAAUUUUUUGACUAAUUAUUAUUCUGGUUUUUCUCAAAGAACUAUUUCUUUAAUAUGUAGGUUUUUAGAGAUUAUUUUAGAAAAUAAUUUUUUUCUUUUUGAACAGACUUACUACAGGCAGAGAAGAGGAGCAGCUAUGGGGUCUUCAGCUGCUCCUGCAUAUGCCAAUGUAGUAAUGGCAAUGUGGGAACGUCAAUUUAUGCCAUUUCUGGUGGAUAAAUAUCACAUUUUAUUUCAUUGUCGCUUCAUUGACGAUUUGUUUUUUAUCAUAGAUGAAAGUGAUGUGUGUAUCGAUCUGUUCCUUACUGAUAUUAAUUCUUUUUCAACUUAUAUUAAGUUUGUUAUUGGUGGUAAAGGAAUAACUGUUGAUUUUUUAGAUGUUAAUUUAAGGUGGGAUGAUGAAGACAAGAGAAUACAUAGUACCAUUCAUAGAAAAAAGACUUUCAACAAUGGAUACCUCCAUUAUAAAAGUGGGCAUCCAACACAUGUUAUUUCCAAUAUUCCCAAAGGGCAGUUCAUCAGAGCUAGCCGCAUGACAUCAAAGGAAUCUGACGUUUUGCAAGAAUUUGGUUUCAUUAUUUCCUUAUUUCUUAAUAGAGGUUUUCCUAAACUAGAUCUUAUGUACAUAGCUAAUGAUAUUUAUAAUAGACGUACCAGUCAUUUUUUACCAUUAUUAAGUUUGUCCAUGGAGAAAACCAAUAUUAUGGUUAUUAAUUCUGGUAAUAGUUCAACUAGUAGUAUGGUUUGUACACUGGGAAUGAAUUCUGACAGUAAGCAUAUUAAAAAUAUAAUAACAAAAAAUUGGAGAAUUAUCAAAGGCAAUGCUGAUAUGUAUGGUGUUUUAGGUGAAAAACCAUUGUUUGUCCAAAGGAAUGAUAAUAAUUUAAAGAAAAUUUUAGAACAACACAAUGGUAAUAAACUUAGUGUUAACACAACAAAGAAGGGAAUGUACCGUUGUCACGAUUGUAACAUGUGCAGGUACAUAUCGGUUGGUCCCUAUAUUUCAGUUUUGACUUCAGAAAGAAUCCUUUCUGUUCCUGGUUAUGUAAAUUGUCGUACCUCGGGACAUACUGAAAACAUCAUAUCAUCCCUGGAACUAAAAGUCAGAGAUCUUAAAGAUUUACAAACCAAGACUGAGACAGAAUUCCUUUUGACAGAAAAAAAUAUAUUGCAGAAGAGUUUGCAAAACUGCACCAGUUUCUUCAUGAAAAGGAGCAAAAACUCAUUCAAACAACUUAGCAAAGCGUCAGAAAUUCUGAAAGAGAUGGAAGAAAAAUUUGAAUGCAUUAAAACUGGUGUUACAGAAAUCCACUCAGCAGUGUCUGAUAUUAACUUUGGAUUCAAAAAAGAAGUAGACAUUCUGGAAGAGAGAAAUGACACAGACAAUCUGGCAACCACUGAGGAAUUAGUGUUAGGUGACACCUCAGAACGUGGAAAACACAAAACUAAUGGAGUUCUAUCAGCUCCAGAAUCCUUUGAGGAUGUUGCUGUUACUUUCUCAGCAGAGGAGAUGAAGAUGUUAACAAAACAAGACAAGGAGCUUCAUAAGGAAGUGAUGUUAGAGAACUAUGAAACCUUAGUUUCAGCAGGUAAUGGGAGCAGAGAAUGGAGCAUUUGUCAGAGUCAGCAGCCAUCACUUGGAGCAUCUCUAUUAUGUUAUCCUACAGAGAACCUGCAGCACUCGGUUCAAACUCUGAAGGGCUCCGACAGGCAUCCUGUUAUACCUGUAGCACAGCUUCAUCCGGGAUUUACCUGCAACAUGAACGCUGAAUGUGACCAAAGUUCUGUAGUACAGCAAAGUCCAUUAGUAGGCAGGUCAGCUCACAAAGAAAAGAAACCAUAUAAAUGUCCUGAAUGCAAUAAAUGUUUCAAACACAAGAGCCAUCUAGUAAUACAUGAAAGGAUUCACACCGGGGUGAGACCAUAUAAAUGUGUUGAAUGCAGUAAGUGUUUCAGACAAAGGGCGAAUCUUGUAAUCCAUGAAAGGACUCACAGGAAGGAGAGACCAUAUAUAUGUGCUGAAUUCAAAAAAUGUUUCAUACAAAGGACUGCUCUAGAACAACAUGAAAGGACUCACAUAGGGGAGGGUGAAAAAACAUAUAAAUGUGCUGAAUGCAGUAAGGGAUUCACAACAGCUAGAAACCUUAGUAACCAUCUGUCAAUUCACAGUGGGGAGAAACCAUAUAAAUGUCCUGAAUGCAGUAAGUGUUUCAGACAAAAGGGGGAUCUAGUAAUACAUGAAAGAAUUCACAUGCUGGAGAAACCAUAUAAAUGUCCUGAAUGCAAUAAGGGGUUCACAACAGCUGGAAACCUUAGAACUCAUCUGUCAGUUCACAGUGGGGAGAAGCCAUAUAAAUGUUCUGAAUGCAGUAAGGGAUUCACAACAGCUGGUAACCUUAGAACUCAUCUGUCAGUUCACAGUGGGGAGAAACCAUAUAAAUGUUCUGAAUGCAGUAAGUGUUUCAGACUAAGGAGGAAUAUAGUAAUACAUGAAAGGAUUCACUUAGGCAAGGUGGAGAAUCCAUAUAAAUGUGUUGAGUGCAGUAAGGGAUUCACAUCAGCUGGUAGCCUUAGAACUCAUCUGUCAGUUCACAGUGGGGAGAAACCAUAUAAAUGUCCUGAAUGCAGUAAGUGUUUCAGACAAAGGGGGGAUCUAGUAAAACAUGAAAGGAUUCACAUGCUGGAGAAACCAUAUAAAUGUCCUGAAUGCAAUAAGGGGUUCACAACAGCUGGAAACCUUAGAACUCAUCUGUCAGUUCACAGUGGAGAGAAACCAUAUAAAUGUCCUGAAUGCAGUAAGUGUUUCAGACUAAGGGGGCCUCUAGUAAUACAUGAAAGGAUUCACAUGGGCAAGGGGGAGAAACCAUAUAAAUGUGUUGAAUGCAGUAAGGGAUUCACAACAGCUGGUAACCUUAGAACUCAUCUGUCAGUUCACAGUGGGGAGAAACCAUAUAAAUGUCCUGAAUGCAGUAAGUGUUUCAGACUAAGGGGGGAUCUAGUAAUACAUGAAAGGAUUCAUAUGGGCAAGGGGGAGAAACCAUAUAAAUGUGUUGAAUGCGGUAAGGGAUUCACAACAGCUGGCAGCCUUAGAACUCAUCUGUCAGUUCACAGUGGGGAGAAACCAUAUAAAUGUCCUGAAUGCAGUAAGUGUUUCAGACUAAGGAGGGAUCUAGUAAUACAUGAAAGGAUUCACAUGCGCGAGGGGGAGAAACCAUAUAAAUGUGUUGAAUGCAAUAAGGGAUUCACAACAGCUGGUAGCCUUAGAACUCAUCUGUCAGUUCACAGUGGGGAGAAACCAUAUAAAUGUCCUGAAUGCAGUAAGCGUUUCAGACUAAGGACGGAUCUAGUAAUACAUGAAAGGAUUCACAUGGGCAAGGGGGAGAAACCAUAUAAAUGUGUUGAAUGCAAUAAGGGAUUCACAACAGCUGGUAGCCUUAGAACUCAUCUGUCAGUUCACAGUGGGGAGAAACCAUAUAAAUGUCCUGAAUGCAGUAAGUGUUUCAGACAAAGGGGGGAUCUAGUAAAACAUGAAAGGAUUCACAUGCUGGAGAAACCAUAUAAAUGUCCUGAAUGCAAUAAGGGGUUCACAACAACUGGAAACCUUAGAAAUCAUCUAUCAGUUCACAGUGGGGAGAAACCAUAUAAAUGUCCUGAAUGCAGUAAGUGUUUCAGACAAAGUAGUACUCUAGUAAAACAUGAAAGGACUCACACAGAUGAAAAUUCAGCAAGCGAAGGAGAGUAGUAAUGUUGAAAAUGAAUUAAUCCUCAAGACUUGGUGAGUACCUUCACAAAAUAAACCCUGUUUUUCACAAAAUCUCACCAACGCGACACUGAUAUAUAGACU